UGUUUUUUAAUGCAUAUAUUAAUUUGUUAAAUAAAUAUAUAUACCAUAAAUGAUGUAAAAAAAUAUUUAUGUAUAUAAAAUGAAAAUAAACACCCGCACAAUUAAAUAAAUAUAUAUACCAUAAAUGAUGUAAAAAAUAUUUAUGUAUAUAAAAUGAAAAUAAACACCCGCACGGUUGUGCGAGUCGAAAGCCGUGCGGAUCGAAAUCUAGUUGGCUUUAAGUUACAAAAAAAAGUAUUGGAUUUCCAUUUUAUUUUAAAAUCAUGAAACGUUAACCUAUAACUUUCUUCAACAUGUCAAUAUGAAAUUUUUUGAUGGUCAAUUGGUCAUCCAAUCACUUUCAUUCAAUUCACUGGAUAUAGUAAACAUCAGCAAUUGUUUUUAAUGCCAUCAGCAAUAUUCCUCUUUAAUUUCUGAUCUUUCUUCUCACCGUGUACUAUUAGAAAACAAUCAAUAUUUCAAAACUUUAUAAUAUAAUAGUAUAACUAACUAUUAAAUUUCAAGAGUCAAAGAACAUGUCAAUACGUAUUGAAAAAUCAAGGGUUUCAAAAUAGUCAAUGAACAUCAAUAUGUAUUGCAAAAUCAAAGGUUUCAUUAUGUCCAUCAAUGAACAGCAAAUACGUGUAUUCAUGUAUCUACUGACGCUAACAUCCACCAAUACAAAAUCAAGGGUAUCAUUAUAUUAUGUCCCUUAGCAUGGUUAAACUUUUGUAAUAGUUUAAAGCAGAUUUUCCAUAUAAACUUAAAGUCAAAUAUUAUAUAAUCAGCAAAAUCAGACAUUAUGCAUUUAGUUUACAAUAAAUAAAAUAAUAUCAAAUAUUUAUAUAGAUGAUGAUUUUUAAGUUUUAAAUAAUAAUAUAGAUCCAUUAUUCAAACUAAUGAUUCAAUUAAAAUAAUUAAAAUAUGACAAAUAAAAAAAAUUAUUAACUAAAAUUAUUGAAAACAUGAUAAAUAAUCAAAAUAUCCUAAAAUCAUGGAGAACAUGACAAAUAAGUCAAAUCACUUUUCAAAUAAUAGUAUAGAUGUAUAUUUGUAAUUCACUUAUAUAUUACGUAUGAUGUUGAUACUUUUUGCGGUAUACGGCAGACUAUCCACAUAUAAUCUCAAAUCUAAAAAAAAAGACAAGAAUCACACACCUACAAGAUCUUCUUUUACAGUUGGGAAAUUUGAGUUGUAUACGGUCAAUAUAACAAAUUUCUUUGUCAUUGAUUUGAAGAGUGAGAUGUACUAUUGGUUAAUGAUGUGAAAAUUGAUCGUAUGGAAUGAGGAUUGAGUGCUAAUGGGUAAAGAUGAUCGUAAAGAGUAACGAAUCCAAUCACACACCUACAAGAUCUUUCUUUUACAGUUGGAAAAUUUGAGUUGUAUGACCAAAGUGUGUAGUUAAUUAGGUUCAGAUAUUAGAUUAUCUAUUUUUUUUUUAAAUCAAAAUGAAAGUCAAAAGUUAUGAAAAUCUUUUUUCCUUCUAAAUUAUAAACUUAAUAUAUGGAUGUAUAUCUUACAUAAUGCAUCCGUGAUUUUUUUUAUCAAAAUAUUAAAUUACAAUUUUUUCUUUAUGAAAAUUUACUUAUUUAAACAAAUUAAAAAUUACUAUCUACACAUUUCUUGUGGACAUGCAUCCAAUUUAUGAUUUCCAAGUAUAUUAUUAAAUCGAGAAAGAAUUAAAUGUUGCUUUUCAAAAAAUUGAUUACCGUGAGAUAUAUUACAUCUUUUUAUAGAUUGGAGUAGUGCAUGCUUAAAGUUAUAUAAAGAGAUGGAGCUGUCAAAUGUAAUGACCCAAAAAAAAAGGAGAGAUAGGUAGAUCUUUCCUAGUUUCUAAAAUGUCCCAAGUAGUGAGUUGUGGUGAGAUGGAACCAAGCAGGUGGUCAAAACUUCCUUCAGAUCUCAUGCAGUUGGUUUUAGAACGUCUUGGUUUUGCAGAUUUUCAAAGGGCUAAAUCUGUUUGUUCAUCUUGGCACUAUGCAUCCAAACAAACUUCACCAAACAAUCAAAACCCUUGGUUGAUUCUAUUUCCAGAAGAAGGUAAAGAUUGCUGCCUCUUGUUUGAUCCCGAGGAAAAAGAUGACAAGUUAUAUAGAAUUCAAAAUCUAGGGGUCAACUUUGCAAAUAGUAAUUGUUUGGUUACAUAUGGAAGUUGGCUCUUGAUGCAAGACGAUCAUCAAUACAAUUUAUUAUACAUUUUGAAUAUAUUCACCUGUGAGAAGAUAGAUCUGCCUUCCAUGAAGUCUCAACUUAGUAUUGCAGAGACUGAAGAUGAUAUGUUUCUUGUAAGAUUAGAUAACAACAAAGAUGUUCUAUUCUGGUUUGACGAGAAAACCAAAGAUUAUGUGGUUAUAUGGAUAAUCCAACCAAGAUUUUUGGUUUAUUCCAGAAAGAGUGAUAAAUAUUGGAAACGAAUUGAGCUUUUCAACUUUAAUUUUGACAUGGUAUACAAAGAUCAUAGACUUUACUUGUAUACUAGCUCUCGUGAUGUCAAAGUCUUGGAUUUUUCACAAGAUAUCCCGCGACAAGUAUUUGAGACGCAAGUUAACUAUGAUUAUUCGAGAAAGCCAGAGGAUGUUUUCUACUAUGAUGCUCCUCUUCAUGUAUGUAGGAAGAUCAAGACUGAAAAUCUUGUAGUCAGAGUGACUGGUGAAGUUCUGAGGGUUAAGAGCAUAGUUUUGUGCAAUUCUGACUUUUGGUACUUCCGCAUCUACAAGAUGAAUUCAUCAAAUAGCGAGUGGGAGUAGUGCUGGGAAUAUGAAUCAUUAUCCGCGGGCCCCGCCCUAUUUGACCCGCUGCGGGGCGGGUGCGGGUCGAGUGAUUUGAAAAAUUUGGUUCACGGGUGCGGAUGCGGGUUGAGUGAUUUUUAUGCGGGGCGGGUGCGGGUCAGCCAAAAUUCAGCGCGGAUACCCGCCAACCCGCAAAAACUAAAAAAAAAAGAUUUUUUUUAAAAAUAUUAUUUUUAAAUAGAAAAUUUUUUAAAAAUAAUUUAAUUUUAAUUAUAAAUAGAUUAAUAUUUAUUAUUUUUAAUAAAAAAUAUUUAAAAUAUUAAAUUUUAUUGUUAUUUUUAAUAAAAAAAUAUUUAAAAUAUUAAAUUUUAUUGUUAUUUUAAUAAAAAAUAUUUAAAUUAAUAAUUGUUAAUAUUAUUAAUAUUAUCCGCGGGUCUAGCGGAUCACCCGCGGGUUUUAGCGGGGCGGGUGCGGAUUUCAUAUUUUCUUCUUGCGGGUCAAGCGGGUCAAAUUUUUUGAGUAAAAAAAAUCAGUUUACCCGCGGGUUGGCGGGUCAGCGGGGCGGGUUUGACCCGCAACCCAGCUCUAAGUGGGAGACACUUGAUUCUUUGGGAGAGG